CUUUAGAUCGAGGAGAAGGAAGAAGGAGAGAGAGCAGAGAGGGCUGAUGGAGUCUGAGCAGCUUCCAGCUGCGUGGCCUCUAUACAGUGAUGGAGAGCAGGUGGGCGGGGCCUCUCCUCCAAUAGUGGGUGUGUCUGAAGACCAGGGAGGCGGUCCUGUAAACCCUGUGACACACCGUACAAAGGAGGAGCCGUGGUCAUGUGACAGCUCUGCUUCCUCCUCCGGCGAGAGUGAUGAUGAUGAUUCGAGGGCGAGAAAAAAGAAGAAGAAGAAACUAAGAAAAAAGAAGAGCAAAAGAUCGAGCUCUUCGUCAUCAUCAUCCUCCAGUUCCUCAUCCGACAGUGAUAGCAGUGAAGAUGAGAAGAAAAAGAAGAAAAAGAGGAGGAGCCAAAGGAAACAGAACGCUGUGAUCACAGCGAUACCCGAGUCAGCAGGUCUUGUGUUGGAAAUUGUGUUAACGCCACUGAAAGAGCUAAACAAUGAGGGAGAGAUGAAGAAAGCAAAAAAAGACAGCGCUAGAGUAAGCGCGCGCGUGUGUGUGUGUAUGUGCACAAGUAUAUUCUGCAUAAGUUCAUAUGUAUAA